CGUUUUACCGAAAGGUUUUUAGUUAUUUGGGAUUUAAAGAAAAAGAAAUUAAAUUCUUUAGUAAGCAAAACCCUAGCCAGUUGCCAUAGUUGAGACCAAGGGGAGGAGGAGGUGAGGUUUAUAUAUUACUUAAGGAUCAGGGAUACAUGCAUGUAGUAAAGCCUUCCCCUUCGCUCAUAGCUUUGAAGCCUCGCCAAGUUGUACUUCUUUCCAACCCGACCAUGAAAAUGGAGGCUUCUGCUCCGUCCUUAACUCCCCACCAGAACUCUCUCCUCCUCCUCUCCAUUGCCCGCUUUCUUCAACGCAAUUCCUUCUCUAAAACCCUCAAGAAGUUUCUCUCCGAAGCCCAAAUCCAGGUUACAAUAAACAAACCUACAAGCUCAAAGGCAUAAGCCAUCUAUUUCCCAAUAAAGAUGUUUUGGCAGGUUCUUCUCUAGCUUUGGAAGAAAUGUGCUGCAAGUAUCUGGCGAAGAGUGAUGGACAAGACUGCAUUGCUUCUACAGUUGAAGUUGCUCCCAAGAAAAAGAAGAAAAGAGGCAAUGAGAGUAGUAUGGACAUUAUAGGUGGUCAAUCUGAAGUUGACGAUAAAUCUGCCAACUCUAAGAAAUUUGAGGAGCAAGUUUUCAAGGAUGCCGCUAAGGAAUCUGCUACUGAUAAAACUAAGGAUAAGAAAAAAAAGAAAAGCAAGUCAACUUCUGAUUCUUUAAUUGAAAGUGUUGGACAGCAUGGUUCAGAGGACACGCAACAUGCUGCAGUUACUUUGAAUGCUAGUGACAUAUCAGUGGAAGACAAGACUUCCAAAUCUAAAAAGAAGAAAAAGAAGGAUGAUUCUGAAGAUGUAGAGAAAGAAAAAUCCAUAGAGGAAAAUAAGAUCUCGAAGGUGGAUUCAACGAUCACGGAUGAUAAAGGUUCCAAGAAAAGGAAAAGGUUGGAUUCUGAAGUACAUGAUUCUCAGCCUGUUGAUAAAAAUGCUACUGAAGACUCUAAACGGAGAAAGACAGCAGGUUCAGAAGAGCAAUUAAAUUCACUAGUGGGAGCUGAUAAACAUGUCGGUGAAGAAAAUAAAGGAGAAAGUGGAGAGACUGAUGUUGAUGUUCUUCCCAAGAAGCCUGCUAAACGGUUUCAUGAGCAGGAAAAUGGGAACGCUGAGAAAAAUGGAAAGCAUUCUGAGCAAAAGAGCUCAAAGAAGCAGCAAAAUGGUUCAGUUCAGCCAAAGAAACCAUUUCAAAGAGUGAAUGUGGAUGAGGUAGAAUUUGUUGAUAGCAGGCUUGAAGAUAAUUCAUACUGGGCGAAGGAUGGUGCUGAAACUGGAUAUGGUGCAAAAGCACAAGAAGUUCUAGGUCAAGUAAGAGGAAGGGGUUUCCGGCAUGAGAAGACCAAGAAGAAACGUGGAUCAUACAGGGGAGGGCAGAUUGAUCUGCAGUCGCACUCUAUAAAAUUCAAUUAUUCUGAUGAGGAGUAAAUGUUGACUUUCUAGUUGGAUGAUGAGCACUGCUGUACCCUCUAACCCUUUCCAUUCAUUUGAGUUUAUUAAGUGGAACUCAAUGGAACUCAAUGAUAAUAUGCUUGUGUUCAUCCAUAGAGUCAUCUGUGUUGGUUUUGUUAGGGUCAAUCAGUUUCAUGCGUCAUCUCUAGUUAAUUGAAAUUAUAUUUAUGUUUUGGUGUGUCUAGUUCUUAAACGUUUGACAUAUGCUUCUAUUUAAGGCAAAUUGCUGUUUUGUGUUGUUUUCUGGUGCAAAUUUGGAAUGAAAUGAAGAUACAUGUGUAUUUGUCUUUUA